AUGCUCGCGUGCCCCGCCGCGCUCCACCUCCUCCUCCCGGCGCCGCCGCCGCCGCAUCACCUCCACCACCACCACGUCGCCUUCCCCGCGCCGCCGCUCCACGCCUCGCUCCCGUGCUCGCGCCUCGCGCGGAGGAGGGCGCCCUGUCCAAGGCAUGGGGUCGCCAGGGCCUCCGCCGCAGUGGCGGAGGAGGCCAGCGGUUCCGGACCGGCCAAGUUGUCUGUGAGGAUCCCCGUCGGCGACCGCGAGAUAUUGGUCGAAACAGGCCACAUUGGGAGGCAAGCGAGUGCUUCUGUAAUGGUCACUGAUGGCGAAACGAUUCUCUACUGUUCUGUCUGUCUGGCGGAUACUCCAAAUGACCCUGCUGACUUUUUCCCUUUAUCGGUUCACUAUCAAGAGCGCCUUUCAGCUGCUGGAAGAACUAGUGGUGGUUUCUUCAAACGAGAAGGCAAGACAAAAGACCAUGAGGUUUUGGUUUGCAGAUUGAUAGACAGGCCCCUACGACCUACUAUGCCUAAGGGGUUCUACUAUGAAACUCAAAUUCUAUCCUGGGUCUUCAGUUAUGAUGGCAUUCACUCCCCAGACUGCUUGGCUAUCACAGCUGCUGGUAUAGCCGUGGCCCUCUCUGAAAUUCCAAAUGAACAAAUAAUUGCUGGAGUAAGAAUUGGCCUGAUUAAUGACCAGUUUGUUGUUAACCCAACUACUGAACAGAUGGAGAAUUCAGAGUUAGAUUUGAUGAUGGCUGGGACUGAUAGUGCCAUUUUGAUGAUUGAGGGUUACUGUGAUUUUCUGACUGAGGAGAAGCUGCUUGAAGCUGUGGAAGCUGGGCAGGUGGCAAUUAGAGAAAUCUGCAAAGCAAUUGAUGUUCUCGUCCAGAGCUGUGGGAAGAAGAAAAUGGUCGAUGCUAUCAGCCUACCGCCUCCUGAACUCUACAGGCAUGUUGAAGAUAUUUCUGGAGAUGAGUUGGUGAAGGCAUUACAAAUAAAAGGAAAGAUUCCCAGAAGAAAAGCUCUUUCAGCAUUGGAGGACAAAGUUAUAAGUAUACUUUCUGAACAGGGUUAUGUUUCCAAAGAUGGCUCAUCUGGAGUCACUGAAAGUUUGGCUGAUAUUGUUGAGGAUGAGGAUGAGGAUGAAAUUAUAGUUGAUGGAGAAGUAGAUGAAGGUGAUGUUCACAUCAAGCCGGUUUCAAGGAAGCCCCCUCCUCAGCUAUUUGCAGAAGUUGAUGUCAAGCUAGUCUUCAAGGAAGUUUCAUCUAAAUAUUUACGAAGGCGCAUUGUAGAGUCACUGGCUGUGGUCACUUUAGGUGGCUAUCAGAUGGCACAACGAAUUGACAACCUUGUUGAUACGGAGGAUUCAAAAAGCUUCUAUCUUCAGUACUCAUUUCCUCCAUCAUGUGUUGGCGAAGUUGGUCGAAUUGGAGCACCUAGCCGGAGAGAGAUUGGACAUGGGAUGCUUGCAGAAAGGGCACUGGAGCCAAUUUUACCUCCGGAAGAGGAUUUUCCGUACACUAUUCGUGUCGAGAGUACUAUCACUGAAAGUAAUGGUUCGUCCAGCAUGGCUUCUGUUUGUGGAGGUUGUUUAGCACUUCAAGAUGCUGGGGUUCCUAUAAAGUUUCCUGUUGCUGGAAUUGCAAUGGGCCUGGUCCUUGAUACACAGGAAUUUGGUGGAGAUGGUAGGCCACUUAUACUUUCUGAUAUUACUGGAGCUGAAGAUGCCUCUGGUGACAUGGAUUUGAAGAUUGCUGGUAAUGAAAGUGGCAUAUCUGCAUUUCAGAUGGACAUUAAGGUAGUCGGGAUAACUCUACCUGUGAUGGAGCAAGCACUCCUUCAAGCUAGGGACGGGAGACAGUAUAUUCUGAAUGAAAUGUCGAAAUCUUCACCUCCACCAUCAAAAGCACUAUCUCCAUAUGCUCCCUUAAUUCAUGUUAUGAAGGUCAAACCUAACAAGGUGAAUUUAAUAAUUGGUUCUGGUGGAAAGACAAUAAAAAGCAUAAUUGAGGAGACUGGAGUAGAUGCUAUUGAUACUGGAGACGAUGGCACGGUAAAAAUUACUGCAAGAGACCUAUCAAGCUUAGAGAAGUCAAAAACUAUAAUAGCUAACCUUACCAUGGUUCCAAAAGUUGGAGAAAUAUACAGGAAUUGUGAGAUCAAGUCAAUAGCUCCAUAUGGCGCUUUUGUUGAAAUUGCUCCAGGGCGUGAGGGUUUAUGUCAUAUCAGUGAGUUAAGUUCGGGCUGGUUGGCCAAGGCUGAGGAUGCUUUUAAAGUCGGAGAUCGCAUAGACGUCAAGCUUAUUGAGAUAAAUGAUAAGGGUCAACUUCGGCUAAGUUCUCGAGCUUUGCUUCCUGAUGCGGAUUCAGAAUCCAACAGCGGUUCAACAAAAGAAAAGGCACCGCAAAAAGAUGAUGCCAUCAAGAUGACAUCAAGGACACCCAGGCGCAAGGGACAGUCUGAGCCGUCUGGAGCUGAAAAUGCCACAACAAGGACUCUUGAGAAAAGUGCCGCUGCUCCAGCUGGUUCAAAGGGUAGUGAAGCUGCGAAGUAG